AUGGUGCACCACCGCCUCCUUCUCAUAACUUACCCCAUCCAAGGCCACAUAAACCCCGCCAUCCAGUUCGCCAAGCGCUUCGCUGCCAGUGGCGUCCACGUCACUUUCGCCACCAGCGUCUACCUCCACCGUCGCAUGCUCAACAAACCUACGGUCCACGGCCUCUCCUUCGCCACCUUCUCCGACGGCCACGACGAUGGUUACAAAGCCACUGACGACUCCCAAGUCGUCUCCUACAUCUCCGAGCUCAAGCGCCGCGGCUCUGAGUCUCUCGGAAACAUCAUAACCUCCGCUAAACAGGAAGGCAAACCUUUCACCUGCCUCGUCUACACCCUCAUGCUUCCCUGGGCCGGAAAGGUGGCGCGUGAGUUUCACAUCCCGGGGGUGCUCCUGUGGAUUCAACCAGCCACGGUUUUCGAUAUCUACUAUCAUUACUUUCACGAAUACAGGGACUACGUUAACAUGGCUUACAAAUCAGAUGAUCCCACCUUUGAGUUUCCGGGUUUGCCCUUUUCUCUCGCAACACGUGACAUUCCCUCCUUCAUCUUACCCUCCAACAUUUACACUUUCGCUCUUCCUUCACUCGAAGAACAGUUUCAACAUCUGGACGAAGAACCCAACCCAAUAGUUCUUGUCAAUACCUUUCAGGACUUGGAACCCGAGGCCUUGAAAGCCAUUGAUAAGCUAACCAUGAUUCCAAUUGGGCCGUUGAUUCCCUCGGCCUUGUUGGACGGUAAAGACCCGGCUGAUACUUCCUUUGGCGGCGAUAUCUUCCACGGGUCAAACGAUUACGUUGAAUGGCUGGACUCAAAGCCUGCGUUGUCUGUGGUUUAUGUUUCGUUUGGUACCCUGGCUGUGUUGUCUCAGAGACAGAUGGAGGAGUUAGCACGUGCGUUGCUUGAUUCUGGGUAUCCUUUCUUGUGGGUCAUUAGAGAAAGUAAUGAAAAGUUGCAAGAACUGAGCUGCAGAAAGGAGCUGGAGAAGAGGGGGAAGAUUGUGAAUUGGUGUUCUCAGGUGGAGGUUCUGUGGCAUGGUUCGUUGGGUUGUUUCGUGACACACUGCGGAUGGAAUUCGACGAUGGAAAGUUUGGUUACGGGGGUUCCUAUGGUGGCUUUUCCGCAGUGGACAGACCAAGGGACUAAUGCAAAGAUGGUGGAGGAUGUGUGGAAGACGGGGAUGAGAGUGGAUGGUAAGGUGAACGAGGAGGGGAUUGUGGAGGCUGAGGAGAUUAGGAAGUGUUUGGAAGUGGUGAUGGGGAGGGGAGGAAAAGGAGAGGAACUGAGAAGGAACGCCGAGAAGUGGAAAUGUUUGGCCAGGGAAGCCGUCAAGGAAGGAGGCUCUUCGGAUAGGAAUAUGAGGAGUUUUCUCGAUGAUGUUGCAAAAUUUGGACAGGAUUGUUUGAUGUGA